GCGAGAGAGAGAAACUCCGUCCUCAGCCCCUCACGUCAUUUCAUAUUGCACAACCAACAUGGCCGAACGGACCUCUCCCGAGACACAAGUAUUAACAGACGCAGACAUCCUGAAGAAAUUUGCCCAGAAAGUUACAACAUCGAAUCGGAAUGAGAGAAUUGAAUUACUAAAAUUGGUUAAGAAGUCAGCAGCCAAUGCUCUCCCAGAGAAUGCCGUCAAAGGUAUAUUGCGGUACCUUUUGCUGACACUGGGUCGUUACCAAGACCGUCGGUCCCAGCUGGCUGUACAGGAUGUUGUGUCACAGUUGGCCCUCAAGCAUCCGCAGGCCACCCUCAAGUGCAUCUCUACCUCUCUUGCAAACUUUGCCAACCUUCAGAAGACUUGUGGCGCCUCCAGUAAAGCUGUUUCUACCGAGUCCCUACAAGCCCUCAUCUGGACGUGUAUUGUGGCAGACCAAGUUUUUGCCCCUGACAAAUCCAGCUCCACUGAUGACCUGAAAGCCCUGGUGUCUCUACAGUCACUCCUUCUCUAUGGAUGCCACUCGGCCCGUCUCAACACACUCAAUGCCGUUGCAUACAAACACAUUUCCAGGUUGUGGAAGAAGUCGCCUGCAACCGUGCAGUUGUACACGGAAUAUUUGACGUCACUGGAAGGUGCACCACACCUGCUCAGCCUCGCUUCGCUUGUGAUGCAGCAUCUGCAUGACACCAAGAACAAAGAAUGCAUCCAGGCAUGCAAGAAACCAUUUUGUGAUCUUUACCUUAAGCAAGUAUUGGCAUACCGGUCGACUCCACCCCUGCAUCUCUUGGAGAACUGCCAGUCCUUGCUCCGCCACGUCAACCACGAAGACUUCAACGAAAUCCUGCUCCCUGCUGCACAGAAAGCUACACUGCGCAACCCAGAGAUCAUACUGCAAGCUGUUGAACAUUUACUGAUUGGUGUCCAGUUAGACAUGAGCAAGUAUGCACUGGACUUGGCGAAACCCAUCGCAAAACAGUUAUUUGUCAAAGAAGAAAGUGUCCGUCAGUCGGCCAGCAAUGUCCUCGAGGCCCUUGCACGACAAUGCAGUUCACCCGACGCAGUUGACAGUGUCACAAUACAUCUGUUUCAAGUUUUAGCAGGUUCGGAAGGCAAGUUGAUUUCAGCUGACCAACGCAUUGGUGUUCUAAAUGGCAUCAACAGUCUCAGUCACCAUGUGGUCAGUGGUGUGGCUGUUGUCCAGAAACUCACAGCUUCUAUCACAGAACGGUUCAUUCCCAUCCUGGGGCAAGAAGUUCAUGAGGGGACGUUGGUCUGUAUACUCCAAGUAUUAACCUCCUGGUGUUCACGUUUACACACUGAAGUCCCGCCUGCCCUCGUUGAUGGUUUCAAGAAAGGACUCACCCUUAAGACUUCCACAUCUGCGGUACGCAAUGCCUACAUAUGUUGUAUGGUUUCUGCAUUUCAUGGUGACACCUUACUCCAGGCACAGAAAGUGGUGCCCCUCCUGUUGCAAGUCGUUGAGAAGGCCAGCAAUCAACCCAAUCAGACACAAUUAGUCACGGAGGCCUUGUCUGCCUCCCGUCUGUUGCUCCAGCUGAGCCUGGCUGACAUCCAGUAUGAGACGAAGCUUGCCCAGUUCUGGAACGUCGUCCUUGAUGCCAGCAAACUGCUCUUCUUCAACGACAAGAGCCUCUCUUCCCUGUCUGAUGAAGCAUUUCUCGAUCUCAUUUUCAUGGUUGAGAAACUCAUUCUGGACUUUCCGACAAUGGAUCUCAACAAAAUCUCCAAGCCCCUGUACAAAGCCCUCGUGCUCGGCCUCACCCACUCCAGCUGGUUGGUGCGGAAGCAAUCAAUGCAGUGCUUGAAACGUGUCUUCCACCUUAGCGAUCGCUUGUCGAUGGUGGUGGCCAUCAUAGCUGAGCUGGACAACGUGUUGACCUCCAUGAAGAUUCCAACAACUCCAUCUCUGAGUGAAGAUUCUGAAGAACAGGAUACUAAGAAGAUCGAUGCCAAAGUGUUUGGCAAUGCCCUUCUUGCACUUUGCAAAAUACCAGAUCCCAAACCAUCGGAAAUUGAAACCUUGGCUCUUGCUGCUUUCAUCUCUGCCCAUCAUCCGAUAAUUGUGUCCUACAGUAAACAUAUGUGGCAGGACAUCCUGAAACAGUCGGGCCAAAAUGCCAAGACAUUUGUCAAAGACCAUUCGGACAAAUGCCUGGAGAUUGUCAGUAAUGCAGAUUUUGAAACGUGUGUAGAGAACGGUGUAGCAUCCCUGGUCUCCACUGCACCUGACAGGUUCCUCCCACAGCUCAUCGCUCAGAUCUGUGACCAACUGGCAUCGGCAGAGUUCUUACAAGUGACGCAAGACGAGUAUGGGAUCUUUAGGUGCCCUGAAGGACAGCUGUAUGACAAGGCUGUCUUAGAGAGUGUCUUGAAGAAUGAAGUGAAAGAAACCAACAUUCGAAGAGAGAACAAACUUUAUUCCUAUGCUGAACAAAUGGCCGAGAUUGAGCUACGGAAGGAGUUGGAGAAGAAGAAAAGAGCGAAAGGUGGGGAUGUGAAGUUGUCGAAGCAACAGGAAGAGAAACUACAGAUGGCAUUGAAGAAGGAGGCACAGAUCCGCAGUAAUAUACGGAUGCUGAACAACAAACUGGUGCGUUGCUGCAAUACGCUGCACUCUGCAAUCAAAGGUGACUGCAAUGCUGUGUGCAUGUUCAUGUCUAACCUGUGUCAGGUGCUCAUUCCUCUGCUCUACUCGCCGCUUGCUGCUGCACCUGUUUGUCGGCUCCUCAUCACCCUUGGCAAUUCUGCAUUCAUGGACAAACAGUUUGGUGAAAUGGUGAGCCAUGCCACUGUCCGAGCUCUCAAGCCAUACUGCCAGCUGGAGUCGCAGUGGACACAGGAAGAUGAAGUGCAGCAGAUUGAGCGAAUGGUUCAGUUACUGCAUGAUCGUGUUCAAGCCCGGGUUGGUGGAGGGCCAAAACACCCAUUUCCGGCCUCCACGUUUGCCUAUUUUUUCCACCUGCUGUCCGUGGCCCUGUCUGGCCAACAUUGCCCCGUGAACGAUGCCAGCACCACCUGCUUGCGUGCCCUUCAGCUGAUCGUAUGCCACGCUCGCAUAAGGCUCAAAACGCACGGUGGGGUCGGGGGGGGCGACGACAACAACAACAAGAACAGUGCUAAGUCAAAGAACAGCAAGAAAAGGAGGAAGAAGAGGAAGAACAACGAAAACGAGAAGAAUGAAGGUGGUGGUGGUGGUGGCCAAAAGAAGCAGGGAGAGAUUGGGGACAUUCACCAAGAUGAACAGGUAGAGAAGAUAAGGGAGAAGGUGAUGAUGAUGGGGAUGGUGAGAAUGGAGGAAGACAUGGACGAGCAAGAGGAGGAGGAGAAAGGUGGCGGCGGCGGUGACUGUAGGCUGAGCCAUGAAGAUGAGGAAAUCCUUAGAAAACUGUAUGACCCUCAGUUGUUGCCCCAUAAACCACUCCUGCAGCUGCUAAUCAAACUGAUUGGCACGGUGACUUCAACCAAGAUCCAGGACCUCUCCAACACUGCCUUGAUUGAGGUGGCACACAGCCUCAGUGGCAACAUUGACUGUGCCUUUCCUUCCAACGAAGAUAUUUCUGUUAUGCUGUUGGCGCUUGAGGCCCCGUCUCUCUCGGUCAAGAGAGCUGUCUUAGAGGCGAUGACCUUACUGACCAGUGUCCUACCCAACAAAGAUGAUGACCUUGAAAUGUGGCUUAAGGUGGUCAAGAAAAUAUGGAUUGCCAAGUUUGACCAGGAAACUGAAGUUCAGGAGCUUGCCAAAAUGUUAGAGACAAAACUGAAAAUACAGAAUCCACCUCCAAAGAUGGUGACCACCCUCAUCGAAGAUGUCAUCCACCCUGAAGAAAGUGUACGUCAAGCUGCGGCAUCAACUGUUGCAGCAGUUCUGCAGUUACACAAGAAACAGGUGGCACCAAUGAUGCACCAACUUUUGGACAAGUACGGAGAGAAGCUGUUUCUCCCCCCACCAGAAGUAGACAGUUUCGGACGUGUUAUCGGUGAACCAGUUCCUGAUGAUUGGAUGUCACGCAGCGGAAUUGCACUGUGCCUCACCAAGAUGGCCCCUCUACUCCCCAAACACCUCAUUGCGCCACUUUUUGCAUUCUACGUACCAAAGGCGCUGGGGGACCGCGCACCAGAGGUGCAAACCAACAUGCGUGAUGCUGCACUUGCUGCAGUCAAUGAACACGGCAAGGAUAAUGUCAACACUCUUCUACCAGUCUUUGAGAACUUCUUAUCAACAGCCGCCAACACGGCCAGCAACGAUGCUGUGCGGCAAAGUAUUGUUAUCCUAAUGGGUUCCCUGGCCAAACAUUUGGACAAGAGUGACCCCAAGGUGAAGCCUAUUGUGGCUCGACUGAUCAGCGCCCUCUCAACACCAUCGCAAGAGGUUCAAAUAGCAGUGUCGUACUGCUUACCCCCUCUGGUGCCAGCCAUUGGUGCAGAUGCCACAACCAUUGUGCAGCAGCUGCUGCGACUACUGCUGGAGUCUGAGAAUUAUGGAGAGAGAAAAGGUGCCGCCUAUGGACUAGCUGGCCUCGUCAAAGGGCUCGGCAUCGUGGCCCUGAAGAAAAUGGGCAUUAUUAACACAUUGACAGAAGCUAUCAAGGACAAGAAGAACCCACGGCGGAGAGAAGGUUCCCUCUUUGCAUUUGAGAUGCUGUGUACUAUGUUGGGCAAAUUGUUCGAACCAUACGUGGUGGUGAUAUUACCACACCUACUGCUGUGUUUUGGUGACCACAACAUGUACGUCAGACAGGCGGCAGAUGAUACGGCCAAAGCUAUUAUGACCAACCUCAGUGGCCAUGGAGUAAAGUUUGUGCUGCCCUCUCUACUGAAGGGUCUGGAAGAAGAUGCUUGGAGGACCAAAGCAGGUUCUGUGGAACUGUUGGGUGCCAUGGCCUUCUGUGCUCCAAAACAGCUGUCAGCCUGUCUCCCUAACAUUGUACCAAAGCUGAUUGAAGUCCUCACUGAUUCCCACAACAAGGUCCAACGUGCUGGCGCCCAGGCUUUGCAACAGAUCGGCUCCGUCAUACGCAACCCGGAGAUACAAGCCAUUGUACCAGUAUUGUUAGCUGCACUACAGGACCCCACCCAGAAGACAUACGCCUCCCUGCAAGCCCUGCUGGACACCAAAUUUGUGCACUUCAUCGACGCAGCAUCACUGGCUCUGAUAAUGCCAGUGGUGGAGAGAGCAUUCCAAGACCGAACUACGGACACCAGGAAGAUGGCAGCCCAGAUUAUUGGCAACAUGUAUUCACUGACUGACCAGAAGGACUUGUCUCCCUACUUACCAACUGUGAUCCCAGGACUGAAACAGUCGCUCCUUGACCCUGUGCCUGAAGUGAGGAAUGUGUCGUCGCGAGCCCUCGGCACCAUGGUGCGUGGGAUGGGCGAGGGCACUUUUGACGACCUCCUGCCUUGGUUGAUGGAGACUUUGGUCUCUGAAAGAAGUUCUGUUGACCGAUCGGGAGCUGCUCAAGGUUUAAGUGAAGUGAUUGGUGGAAUGGGCCUGGCCAAACUACAAAUACUGAUGCCGGACAUUGUCCAGACCGCUGACCGCAAUGACAUUGCACCCCACAUCCGUGACGGCUACAUCAUGAUGUACAUUUACCUGCCAUUGGUCUUCAAAGAUGAUUUUCUGCCCUACAUUGGCCACAUCAUACCUUCCAUCUUGAAGGCGCUGGCUGACGAGUCGGAGUUUGUGCGAGACACUGCCCUUCGUGCCGGGCAGCGCAUCAUCAACAUGUAUGCCGAGACAGCCAUAGAACUGCUGCUGCCAGAACUGGAGAAUGGUUUGUUUGAUGAAAACUGGCGAAUAAGAUACAGUUCUGUGCAGUUACUUGGGGACUUGCUCUACAAAGUGUCCGGAGUCAGUGGCAAAAUGUCUACGGAAACGGCCAAUGAAGAUGAUAACUUUGGAACUGAGACUUCCCAGAAGGCUGUCUUGAGAGUAUUUGGCAAAGGGCGUCGCAACAGGGUCUUGGCUGGCCUCUACAUGGGUCGCUCAGACACUGCGCUACUGGUGCGACAGUCUGCACUGCAUGUCUGGAAGAUUAUCGUGUCCAACACUCCACGCACACUCCGAGAGAUUCUUCCUGUGCUCUUCUCAUUACUGCUUGGAUGUCUGGCCAGUACCAGCUACGACAAACGGCAGGUGGCAGCACGAACACUUGGAGAUUUAGUGCGGAAACUGGGCGAGCGUGUUUUGCCUGAAAUUAUCCCAAUCUUGGAGAAGGGUCUCGAUUCAGAUCGCAGUGACGAGAGACAGGGAGUUUGUAUAGGGCUCAGUGAAAUCAUGGCUUCAACCAGCCGGGAUCAUGUGACUGUGUUUGCCAACAACUUAAUCCCCAGUGUGCGCCGGGCCCUGUGUGAUCCCCUACCAGAAGUGAGGGAAGCAGCAGCUCGUACCUUUGACAACCUCCACCACAACAUCGGUGCCAGGGCCCUCGAUGAGAUCUUGCCAACCCUGCUCCAGAAACUGUCUGAGCCAGGGUCGUCAUCAGAAUGGGCCCUGGAUGGUCUGAAACAAGUGAUGACGGUCAAGAGUCGAGUUGUGCUGCCGUAUUUAGUUCCACAGCUGAUCAAGCCUCCCGUGGACACAAGGGCUCUGGCUUUCCUGUCUUCUGUGGCUGGGGAUGUACUGAGCAGACACUUAGGAAAGAUCUUGCCAGCGCUACUCUCAUCCCUCAGCAGUGCAGUUGGUACACCCAGAGAAGAAGAGGAAUUGGACUACUGUGAGUCGGUGGUUUUAUCGGUCACCGAUGAUAUUGGAAUCAACACUAUCCUCACCGAACUUCUCUCUGCUGCCAACAACCCCAACAGCUCGGCAGAGACCUGUUGUGCAGCUGUGAGCAUUCUGAAAGUGUUCUGUGGCAAGACAAAGGCUGAUUAUUCUGCCUGUUGCUCUCAGCUGCUACGCACGCUCAUUGCACUCUUCACGCACUCAGACGAACGUGUGCUGCUAGCGUCUUGGAAAUGCUUGGAUGCCAUUGCUAAGGAUCUAAAGAACAUGGACACUGGCGAGACAAUCCAACAGAUACGUCAGGCCAUCCGAUUCGCUACAUCAGAUUACAAAGGGACGGGUAAGGAAUUACCUGGCUUCUGCCUCAGUGGGAAGAGCAUCAGCCCUUUACUGCCAAUUUUCCGUGAAGGUAUUCUACACGGCAGCCCUGAACUGAAGGAAAUGUCUGCCGAGGGUCUUGGUGAAAUCAUUCAGCUGACCAGUGCUCCGGCCCUCUCACCAUCGGUCAUCAACAUCACUGGACCACUCAUUCGUAUCCUGGGUGACCGCUACCCUUGCAAUGUGAAAGUUGCAGUUCUGGAGACAUUGAACCUUCUGUUGAAUAAGGUCGGCGCAAUCAUGAAGCCAUUCCUACCUCAGUUACAGACAACGUUCACGAAGGCCCUCAAUGAUGCCAACCGCACGGUGAGGUUAAGAGCAGCAUCUGCCAUGGGGGGCCUCAUUGUGAUACAUACUCGGGUGGAACCUCUCAUCACCGAGUUACAUACAAACAUCAAAACCACAGACGAUACCAGCAUCAGGGACACAACAUUGCAGGCUCUGCGGAACUGUGUGGGUGGAUCAAAGGGAAAGAUAAGCGACAAUCUUCGAAAGACACUGAGCGGGACCCUGCUACGGUUGUUGAACAGCCCUGAGGACACGACACGCCUGAUUGCAGCUGGCUGCCUUGGGGCCCUGACUGUUACAUUGCCAGACAGUGAUUUCACUGACAUGAUGAAUAGCCAUUUGAUGGAUACGGACAAUGGAUCAGACUGGACCCUGCGACAUGGACGCAGCGUUGCCCUUGCUGUAGCCAUCAAAGAAGGGGCUGACCGUGUCCUGGUUCCCAGCCUCCAGCCUGCCGUCUUCCAAACUGUCACACACUUCACUGCUGCUGACAGGAUACCAAUCUGCCUAAGUGGGCUACGGGCUGCUACCUAUGUGUUAAGUUACCAAAUCACCAACAGUCUUGAACCCUCCACUGAAAUUUUGGCUCUUUUAGCCAAGGGUUUGAAGCACGAUUCCAACGAUGUGAAACAGUUGUGUGGCCAACUAGCCAGCCACCUCGCUCGACAAACGGACCAACCCCUGCCGGCUGUCAUGAUGAAGUACCUAGUCCCUGCCCUGGUCAUGGGCACCAAGGAAAAGAAUUUUAUUGUGAAAGGCAACAGUGAGUACGGCCUGCUGGCUGUGCUCCAGCUGGCCAAAGGGGACUCAGUCUACCAGGCGACCCUGUCCCUCUUAGAUGUCGGUAUGCAGGAGGCCCUCCAGGAUGUCCACACCAAGACACUGCGAAAGCUGUUGGCCAAGACAACGACCCCGGUCAGGGAGGAGAUCGACGAUUCUGUCCUUGUCUAGAGUGUCACCCGUGGCACAUGUUCAACUCCCCCACCCCUCCACCCCUCACAAGCUGCUGACCAACACAACCUUCCAACCAACCAACCAACCCUGCACCCUCGUCGUCCCAGCGUCCUCUGUCUCCACAUGUUGGGUGAGGAGGGAGGGAGAUUAGCAAUGCUUGACCAGUCGGUCUCCCCACCACCACACAGGGACGGAGGGGGUGAGAGAGAGAGAGGGAGAGCAAAGGAGAUGGGGUUGGUGGUGGUGGUGGUGGUGGUGGCGGUGGCCAGCUGUGGAGCGGAGUGGGGUGGCAGGUGGAUGACAGCAGAACAACUGGACUAAGAACCUACCCUGUUCCUCACCCACCCACCUGCCCAUCCAUGACCCACCCCAUAUGGAAAAUUGGCGUGGAAAGGGAAUGGGUGAGGAGGGGCACUUGAUAAUUGGCAUAAAGUGGUUGUGGCCAAGCAGCAGCAAUGAAAAUGGAGCAAAAUUUAUGAGAGUUGAGUGGUGAGUGUUGAGGAAAGCAAGAAACUUGUUCAAGGGGAGAAAUAAAGUUUUUUUUUUAAUUAUUUCAAUAAAUAAACAAAUAAAUAAAUUUUGUGCAAAACUAAAAAAAA